AUGAUUACAAUCAAUUUGGUUGAUGAUGAACAAUUAACGACUGUUGCACGAGUCCAACAGUUACCACCAUCACCAACAUCGUCAAGUUAUGUGAUGCAACCAAAAGCGUUUGAACUAGUCGAUGGUGAUGAUGAUGAUUCAGAAGAACAAGAUGUCAUUGAAGAGGUUCCGGUUAUUCAAAUGAAUGGAAAUGACGAUGAAGGCAAUAAAGAUAAUUGUGAACGCGAAAACAUUAAUGCAUCUGAAAAUGAGUCGGAAUCGAAGAAUGAAGAGGCAAUUGAGGUAUCACAGAUCGAUGAGCCACGAUGCAGUGUACAGCAGAAAGUGUCAGCAGUCGAUAUCGCUGUCGUUCAUAUCACCACAAAUGGUGAUAUACAAACAACACCUAAACAAACCAAAACCACUUUGGCGUGUCAGACAACACCAAGUCUCGUUACUCGUCUUCAGAGCGCCCAACAAACAACACCACUCAAAUCCGUCACUGUCAACAGUUCUUGUCAAACAACACCGCGUUUCAAUCUUCGUUCAACGCCAGUCUCUGGCAGUUGUCAAACAACACCAUUAUGUGCACCACCUCCUCGACAAACUUCUCAACAGCAAACGACACCAUUGCCAUUAAUCGCUCGUCGAAAUUUGCAACAACAAACGACGCCAUUACAUUCACUUUCUCAACGAACACCACACUAUCAACAAGUUAUGUCUCUUACACUGAAGGAUUUUGCACACCCACGCUCUGUUCGAUUUCAGUUUACGCCAUCGACAGAAACACGAUUACAAGAGAAAGAACGUAAAGAGGAAGAAGAAUUAGAAUCCAGACGAAAACAGGAACAACGAGAGGAAGAAGAAUUAGAAUCCAAACGAAAACAGGAACAACAAGAGGAAAAAGAAUUAGAAUUCAAACGAAAACAGCAACAACAAGAUGAAGAAGACAAAGUGAAAACGACAAAAAGGGUGAAGGCAUCCAAAUCAAAAACAGACAAAUCUCAAACCAUGAAUAAUGAUGAAGAGCUUGCACAGCAAACCGGACGCCGAAAGUUACGUUCAAAAUAUAAUACUUUUGCGGUCAAUGACGAUUCGAUUGAAGAAGACGUUGGAGCGUCACUACCUCCUUCCACUACAUCAAAAUCUCGAAGACGGAAUGCAAAGUCGAAACAACCAUCACCGCAAAUGAUUGUCGAUAAGAGUGAACAAGAAGAAGAUGAUCCAUCAUCAACUGAGGGACAAACUAGAAGUCGAACUACAAGACAAACGUCAAAAUCCAAAUCAAAAGUGAUCUCAGAAGACCGUAGUGAAGUUGUUCUCUCAGUACCAAUAAGGAAAAAGAAACAGCGCCAACCAGCUGAAAAAGAAACGAAAAGCACAGAUGAUGGUGAAUCAACAUCGAACAAACAAUCAGAGCCUUCCAAAACAUCGAGAAAAACAAAAAGCAGCACACAGUCAACACAUAGUCAGAUAACUGAUAAACUACCAGAAGUCGAUAACUCAACUCAUAGCAGUCAAAUUCGAUCACGACGUCGAAAGGCUGCUCCUGAUUCGACAAUACAAAUAAAAAAGGCGGAAGAAGAACCGAUCAUUUCGAAAAUAGCUAAUGAAAACGUUGACAAAAACGAUCCGUCAACAUCUAGAACAACACGCAGUAAAUCAUCAAAAGCAAUCGUAGCAGAGACUGAAGAUGAAGUUGUCACAAAUCAUCGAAAAACAGCUAAAAAGCCGAGUGAUAGCAGCAAGGAUAUCGUAUCAUCGCUACCUCCACCAGCGAAGAAAGCAAAAAAGAGCGUACGUGUAGCAAAGUCACCUCAAGUAGAAGUUGCACCAUCUGAACAUGAAGCAACAAUCACAAGUCGAAUUACAAGACGAACAAAGAAAGAUAGUAGUGUGAUUGUGGAUAAAAGCAAAGAUGAAGAGCAACCGUCUGUUGCUGUCGUAGAGAAACCCUUGAUCAAAUCAAAACCGAAGAAGCAAGAAAAAGAUGUUGAAAACGAUUUGAUAACAGCAAGAACAAGAAAUGCAAAGAAACGAGAAGUAAUGAACGAACAAACUAAAAGUGAUGAUAGUGAAUCAAGACCGACCGAACGUUCGAAAAAGAAAAAAAUGUUAGACAUUGAAGAUGAAGACAGCGCACAACAAAGUUCAGCAUCAAAGCAACUGAAGAAAUCAGACAAAACCUCAUCUAAUGGAGGAAGACGUGGUCGACAAAAAUAA